AAUCUAGAAAAUGUGGAAAUAAAUACUUAUAAUAUUAAUAAAAAAAUACCCAUAUCUUUCACAUCCUCAAAAACCCAGAAAAAAAUAAUAAUAAAUAGAAAAAAAAGAAAAUAUCAUUGAAAAAUAAAAAUAAAAAUAAAAAAUCAAAGCUUUAGAGAAAGCAAGGUAUAUAGAAUAAUGGCAGACCACAAGUUGACAAAUUUGAAGUCAUUGUUCUUGAAGAAGUCAUGAGUUGCUUUUGUAUAGGGAAGAUCUUCUAUCUGGGUUGUGGGAUCUCUCCAUUUUCUCAUCAGAUUCUGGCCCAGCAAAUCUGAAUUUCUUGUAUAAAAUUAUUAUUAUUUGAGGUUGAUCUAAGCUUUCUUUAAUGGUUGUUCAGAUAAACCCACUUGGCUUUUUGAGGUAGUAGCGAUUGUCUUUUGGUUAAUGGGUUUUUCUGGUUUUUUAUUGUUCACUCAACUGUUCUUUGUGUUGCGGCUCUGAAUUUUUUUAUGGAGUUUUAUGGGUUUCUAGCAAGUUCUGCGAAUUUUGAAGAAGAUUUCUGAUAAGCUUUUGUUUUUAAAAGAGGAUAUACUUAUGAGAUUCAGGAAUGGGAACUGAAGUACAGUCGAAGAUGUAUCUACCGGGAUAUUAUUCCACAAAAGACAUAAGCAAUAAGGCUAGCUAUGGUGGCUGGUCUUUACAUCAUGAAGGUAACUCUUCGAAGAGUGUCCAGCAUUAUGGCAUGUUCUCGUCAAAGCCAGCGCUGGAGGGAGUGGAUUAUUGUGCAUAUGAUAAGGAAAAGUUGAGACAAACCAUAUUGAAGCAUGAAUCCAUAUUGAGACAUCAGGUCCAUGAACUCCAUCGUCUUUACAAAAUACAGAGGGACAUGAUGAAUGAAUUCCAAAGCAAAGAACAAAUCAAACAUUUGAUACCUAGUGGGACAUCCCAAUCAAGUAUGUUUCAAUCCGGAUUUUCAACUGAAGAUGAUAAAAGAAGUUGGUACAUAUCAAAUUUGCCUGGAGCUGGCUCUGGUUGUGGUAGACCUUCUUCAUCUAGCGCUGAUGUGAUUCAAAUUCAUCAAAGUCAUAUGCACGAGAAGACCACUUUGUCCACCUAUGGUCUCAGCCAAAAUAGUGCAAGAUUGAAAGAUUGUGAAUCUUUGGAUUUCAAAUGCAAGAAGGCUCAGAGAAGAUUGUUUGAUCUUGAAGUUCCUGCUGAUGAAUAUAUAGAUGAUGAAACCGAAACGAAUGGAGAACUUGAAAUUUCAAGAACAGAAAGUUGUCUAAUUAACAAUGGUAACGAAGUUACUGUAGCUGCAGAUAAAAAUGUGUUCAAGCAUACUGGUGAUAAUGGUAAUACUUUGACAUCUAAUUUGUAUUCGGGGAGAACCCAUUACUUGGCUGACCUAAAUGAGCCCAUAGAAGUUGAGGAAGUGCCAGCAUCAGCUUCUGUUGAUAAUAUGGGCGACAAAACUCAAACUGAAUCGACACAGGCGUACUCAGGUACAUGGUGUUCAGCACAAGAAAUAUCUCAAAAACCCCUGGUCAGAAACAUAAAGGAUGAGAGGAAUGAAAAAGAAGGGUCAUCUUAUACCAUCUAUGAUGCACAAAUUGGAAGCAAGAGUUCUUUCAGUGAUAGUUUUCAUCUUCAAGAUUUCCAGAAGCCAUGUGACCUGUCUAAAGCUGAAGCUGGUAAAACAAAUGAGUUCGUUACAUGUAUUCCUUCCGAUCAGAAUACCGCAGGGAAACAGAUUACAAGGAAAAUAUUUGGCAUAGAAGUUUCUGAAGAAAAUAAUAAUGCAUCUGCUUUAGCUCCCAAAGGAACUAUUCUCCAAAACAUGUCUGUUCCUCAAUCUGACGCAGCCAAUUCUGAUAUAACAUCCAUUUCAUGCUUGAACCAGAACUUGAUAUCAUUUCAAGGUGCUCAAUAUAAUCCUCAAGGAUACCUGUCUGGUCCCAGGAAAGAGCCCAGGAAAAUGGAGGCACCACAUGGAGGACUACCUUGGCUCAGAAAAGCGCUGUCUGUUAAUAGCAAAUCUCUGAAAGAAGAAAGUGAAGGAUCUCAUCAGAUGAAAAUCGACUUCACGCAAAGCUAUUCUAAGCAGUACCUAAACCAAAUUGACAUGAGGAGGGGUCCGUCACAGAGUCCUAUUCAGGAUUCUUGGUCAACGACACGGGGCCAUGAUACCGAGCACCGAAGAGCCGAAACAAGCGACUGCUCAAGUGUUAAAAGGAUUCUUGGUGUUCCCAUAUUUGACUUCCCAUCAAUACAUGGUUCUGUUGUUUCUGUCUCUGGUAAUAAUAGCCCUAUAAACGUUGGGUCAGUCAAAAGUGAUUUGGCUUGUGAUUCUGUAUCACCUAGAUCUCAAGAGCAGCCCAAAGUCAUAGACUCAAAGAAGGAAUUGGACAAAGGCAGGUCUUACGUGAGACAAGAAAUAGACUUAAAUGAGUGUAUAACUGAAGAAGAAGAAGAAGAAGAUCAAGUGACUCCAGCACUAUUAGUUGUAAAACCCACAACUGGGAUAGAUUUGGAGGCUCCAGUUAUUAUUGUUGACUCAGAAACUGGGAUUACUUCUGAGGAAGAAUCUCAAGAAAGCGAACUAAUGAAACCUUUGCCUCAUGAUAAAAUCGAUGAGGUUGCAGCAGAGGCUUUAGUUGCCAUUUCUUCCUCUCAUGUAGAUUAUCUGCAUGGCAAUGCUACACUUGUUGAUCUUCAAUCUGAUUCUUCCAUGAAUAAUUCUCUUUUCUGGUUUGCGGAUGUUAUCUCAUCAUACGACGAGACAGCUACAAAUAAGACUAAUGUAUGUGAUGAAGGGUCGAUUCCUGACGACAUUGAUGACUUCGAGUACAUAAUACUAAAUCUGCCAGAAACCAAAGUGGAAGAGUGCUGUUAUCAGCCUCAGAUUUUGGAAGAUCUAGAUAAUCUGAAGGAAGAAGAUACACCAGCACCAAGAAGGCCUAGGAGAGGUCAGGCAAGGCGGGGGAGGCAGCGGAAGGAUUUUCAAAGAGAUGUUCUACCUGGUUUGGUGUCUCUGUCAAGAAAUGAGGUGACUGAGGAUCUCCAGAUCAUUGAAGGGAUGGUUAGAACCACUGGUGGGACUUGGCAGCCCAGUUUGGCAACGAGAAAUGGUGGUAAGAGUGGAGGUGGGAGAGGAAGGAGGAGGUUAGUAGGGUGUGCUCCAUCGCCUCCAGCUCCAGUGGCUGCAGCUUGCAAUGUCCAAGUUCAACUACCUGAUUCCAAGGAGUUGGGACUUGAUGAAAGUAGCCUUACUGGAUGGGGGAAGAGGACAAGGCGUCCCCCAAGGCAGAGGUGUCCCUUAAGUAAUUCACUUCUCCCUCUCAAAUGAGUUGAAAGAAAAAAUAUUAUCAUGUGAGACUCUUAUGCGCGCUCGAGGUGGUGGUGAUUCUUUUAUUUUUGAUUCGCCAGUCUUGAAUCGGAUCUCAAGUGAUUGGCUCAUUAUUUGGACCGAAUGUUGGUUUGAAUAUUUGAGUUUUGAUAUCAUGUUAAAAAUUUAUGAAGUUUCAUCUUGAAAUCAGUUAGUAUUGAUUGGAGCAACUCAUAUUUUAUAAAUGUAUCAAUGUUCUUAUAUUCUUUCGAUAGGGUAUUUUUAUAAUACCAAAAAACUAUUUAGUAUUCACUCUUGUUUUUUUUUUAAAAAAAAAAUGCCAAGAAGUUCUUCAAUGUAAAUGUGUCCUCCUAAUUUGACUUCUUUGACCUUUUUCUUUUA